AUGCCGGGAGCGAGAGGUCGACAGGAGCAGCCGCCGGUGGUGCACGCCGUGGCGGGCGCCAUCGCCGGCUGCGUGUCGCGCUUCGUGGUGGGCCCCCUGGACGUCAUAAAGAUUCGGUUCCAGGUGCAGGUGGAGCCGAUCGCGGCGGGGGCACCGGGCGCGGGGUCCAAGUACACGGGGAUCGCGCAGGCGUUCAAGGCGAUCCUGAGGGAGGAGGGGAUCCAGGGAUUGUGGCGGGGAACGGUGCCCGGCCAGCUGCUGUCUGUGCCCUACACAGCGGUGCAGUUCGUGGCGCUUCAGGAGUGCAAGGCGGUCGCUGAGCGACUGGGCUUGCAGGGCAGCCCACCAUGGGUCUCAUUCCUGAGUGGGGGGCUGGCAGGCGCUGCUGCAACCAUCGCCUCGUACCCUUUCGACUUGUUGCGCACAACACUGGCGGCCCAAGGGGAACCCAAGGUGUACAGUGGUAUGAUUGAUGCUGCAAGGAAGAUUGUGGAGGUUAGAGGGAUGCCAGGAUUGUACAUGGGCCUGGGCGUCACGCUGAUGGAGAUCUUUCCCUACUCUGCCAUAACUUUCGGAUCGUAUGACUACUUUAAUGCAGUCUGGACUAGCAGAGUGGGAUCCAAGGAUGGCAGCCCGUCGACAUUGCAGACCUUCAUGUGUGGGUUAAUGGCAGGCAUUGUUGCAAAGCUAGUGACAGCUCCACUGGACGUAGCAAAGAAACGGUACCAGGUGGCAGGCUUGAAAAGGAGCAUCCAGUAUGGCAAGAGGAUAGAACCCAAGGCCGUUCAGAACCUGGCGAUCUGCUUCACCGAGCUGUACAAGCAAGAGGGUCUUGCAGGGCUCUGGAAAGGCAGUCUCCCAAAUAUCCUGAAGGCUGGCCCUGCAGCUGCUGUCACGUUCCUGUCGUACGAGUUCGUGUUGAGACAUCUUUUGGUUGGACGACAAGGCUAA